AGGAGGAGGAGGUGGCGGCGGGACGGAGGCGGCGGUUCGGGCCAUGCUGGCGGCGCGGCGGCACCUGGCGGGCGAGCAGAGCCGGCGGGCGACGGGGCAGCCUCCUCGCCGCUGCUAAGGAGCGGGGCUGUUGGCAGCCGGGGGGCCGCGUCCCUGCGCCGGGAGGGACCAUCGCAUCGCAUCGCAUCGCAUCGCCGGGCGGAGGCGCCGCCCGCUGCCUCCCUCCCUUCCCUUUCCUUUGGCAGAGGCGGCGCGGCCGCGGGAGGAGAGGACGAUGAGCCGCGCGGUGCUGGCCUGGCUGGUGCUCUGCGGGAGCCUUGCCCGAGGGGACGUGUGUGACUCCAAUCCAUGCAAAAAUGGUGGAAUCUGUCUGUCAGGACUGAAUGAUGACUUCUACUCUUGCGAAUGUCCUGAAGGCUUCACAGACCCCAAUUGCUCUAGUGUUGUGGAGGUUGCCUCAUUUGAAGAGGAACCAACUUCAGCAGGACCCUGCCUUCCUAAUCCAUGUCAUAAUGGUGGGAUAUGUGAAAUCAGUGAAGCAUACCGAGGUGACACAUUCGUAGGAUAUGUUUGCAAAUGUCCAGAGGGAUUUAACGGGAUUCACUGCCAGCACAAUGUAAAUGAAUGUGAAGCCGAACCCUGCAAGAACGGUGGAAUCUGUACAGAUCUUGUUGCCAACUAUUCCUGUGAAUGUCCAGGUGAAUUUAUGGGGAGGAACUGCCAACAGAGAUGCUCUGGCCCACUAGGGAUAGAAGGAGGAAUUGUGUCAAACCAACAAAUUACCGCAUCAUCCACUCAUCGAGCUCUUUUUGGACUCCAGAAAUGGUAUCCAUACUAUGCACGACUUAAUAAGAAGGGCCUUGUGAAUGCUUGGACUGCUGCAGAAAAUGACAGAUGGCCGUGGAUUCAGAUAAACUUGCAGAAGAAGAUGCGAGUAACUGGAGUUAUAACUCAAGGUGCCAAGAGGAUUGGAAGCCCAGAAUAUGUAAAAUCUUACAAAAUUGCGUAUAGUAAUGAUGGGAAGUCAUGGACAAUGUACAAAGUAAAAGGCACAACUGAAGAUAUGGUGUUUCGUGGAAACGUGGACAACAAUACUCCAUAUGCUAACUCUUUCACACCUCCGAUUAAGUCACAGUACCUACGGCUAUAUCCUCAGGUGUGCAGAAGACACUGCACAUUGAGAAUGGAACUUCUUGGCUGUGAACUCUCAGGUUGUUCUGAACCCCUGGGCAUGAAAUCAGGACAUAUACAGGACUACCAAAUUACUGCCUCCAGUGUUUUCCGUACACUCAACAUGGACAUGUUUGCCUGGGAGCCCAGGAAAGCCCGGUUGGACAAGCAAGGCAAAGUUAAUGCUUGGACCUCUGGCCACAAUGACCAAUCGCAGUGGUUGCAGAUUGAUCUGCUUGUCCCUACAAAAAUCACUGGCAUAAUUACCCAAGGAGCUAAAGAUUUUGGUCACGUCCAAUUUGUUGGGUCCUACAAGCUGGCUUACAGUAACGAUGGAGAGCACUGGAUCAUAUACCAAGACGAAAAACAAAAGAAGGAUAAGGUAUUCCAGGGAAAUUUUGACAAUGACACACACCGUAAGAACGUCAUUGACCCUCCAAUCUACGCCCGGCAUAUCCGCAUCCUCCCGUGGUCGUGGUAUGGCAGGAUUACCCUGCGGUCAGAGCUGCUGGGCUGCACAGCAGAGGAUUGAGGCAGAUCUCCAUUAAGCACCACAGCUCUCGGUGUAGCUACAAGUCCCUCCGUAGAAGAAACUGUGCAAAGCCUCUAGGAUGCUGAGUGGGUUUUUCAUUAAGUGCUCAUUUUAUGGUAGGCCGCUAACUGUCUUUCGCAGGGAGGUCUAAGCCUGCCCUUUAAAUGAUCCAAUCCAAUUUCGUCCUUGAAAUCUGUUAGUGUUGUCCUUUCUACUGUGGAAUUAUCCUUCUAUUUUUCCUUUGAGUUGUUCACACUAGUUGAAAUGUGUUAGGGAAAAACAGCAGCAUCCUUUUUACAAGGGAAGAGAAAGAGCAUGACAAAGCUCAUUUGCAGCUUUAGAAAUAUUAGGCUGACAAGUUCUCCAUAAAUCAUACUGUCAUCUUACUUGCAAAAAGUGAUACUGCAGCUUUUAGCAAUAAGUUUACUUGGGGAUGACUGCAUUAUAGUAAUUGUGCCUAUCAAACACUGUCAGUAUUUAUGACAUAUAUUUUGGAAGAUACUCUGUGGUACUGUAAAACAUAGUACCUGUGAUAUUAUAAGCUACCUUUCAUCACUUUCAUCUGAACAGUAGUGUCCAUGCACCUAAAGGGUUUUUGUAACUAACACCAUUUUCCUUCUCUAUUUUGCAUGCUGUAGACGUGACCUCCAUCUUUUCUGUUUAGUAUCACUGCUAAUGUUAUUUUCCUUGGAAGAGGUGACCUGUUUGCACAUGGAACAAAGUCUGCUCUCAGUAUAUUAUGAAGUUAAUGAAUUUGCCAAAGUUUAUUAAUUCUGCUUGAGAUGCGCUUUUUCAAGGAUGCUGAGGUGAGACACUAGGGUACUUGUGACAUCUCAAGUACCCACAAAGAUAAGCAACACAGCGCAUCAGAAAUCCUGAGCCUGUUUCUUGACUUGCCUAGGAGUGAGGAAACAACCCUAGGUGAAGAUGCCUGCCCAAUUACUUCUUUAAGAAAACUCCUUAAUUUCUGUGAGGAGGUAAAUACAGGGUGGAGAAAUUGGGUGCUCAAAGACACACUCCCUUACUGCCAGGAAACCCUUUUGGUAAGCUGUUCUUAUAGUGGUGGUCACAGCCUUCCUCCCAGACAUGAAUGCAAAAGAUGUCAUAGGCAUUCAUCAAAGCUGGACCCUUGGCAGCCUCCACUCUGAACUAUGUCUUUCCAGACAUAUGCCAGUGAGCCACAUAAUUUUUAUCAUUCCUCAUUUACAGAAAUGCCUCAUGCACACUACACUAUGUUGCUUUAAAAUCCUAAUAUCCAGUAAGGACCCCAAUUUAACAAGUAGAUUAUAGGAGGAAAAGUGGAGUAGUAGUCGAACAUUCCUCCUGUGUCUUAAUUUUCCCUGAUUACAGGAAAAUUAGUCCCGUAGUAGUACACUUCAGGUUUCCUUGGAAUAAAGUGCUCUGUGGCUAUGUUACAGUAGCACCUAAGUCUGAAAAAAUCCUGGGACAAGGAGCUAGGGAAUGUUUUAUCUGUUAUCUGAAGUCACAGCAUUUGGGAUUAUUGCCACCUUUUUAAUUGCAUAACAUGCUGAUGUGGAGAGAGAAAGAGAGAGAUACAGCUGCAUGUUUUAGAAAAUGUCACUGAACUUACUUUUUGUCACUGUUACAUUUUCACCAAAACACUGUAGAAUGAACCUGGGGCACUGCUUCCCAGGCAAACACCUAGUCGGCCCACAGUCUGCAAAGGGCAGAGUUUAUUUUGGAAACAAUAUGGUUUGGAUUUCAAAACCACAUUUAAUUACACAUUCUCCACCACAGACAAAAAAUAUUAUCCAUUGAACUGUGAAAGACUCUAGAAUAGCAGCCAGGAAUUUUACAUAUAAGAAUUGGGGAUAUAUUGGUGGCGGUUUUCUGAUAGUGUCACUUAAACUGUCACAUUUUAAGAAACAGAAUACCCUGCCUCUAUAAAAUGACUUAAUCCUUAAACUGUAUUUAUACAAGUAUUUAUUUUAUAAGGCUUAGUCAUUUAAAGACUUCAAAAGAAGAGACUUGUAAAGGUAAAAGUAUGUGCAAGAAAUGUUGAGGUCCUGUGCAACACUGCUAAGUUUGUUCUUUAUUUUUUACUUUGUGCUGCAUAACAAAAGCCACUAGACUGUUACUGUCUUGUCUGUAACUGUGUUAACAGCAUUCCUUAAUGAUGUAUAUAUGGAGUGGUCUUCAAGCAUAGUGAGUGGUUUUAAAGAGAAAGUCAAUCACAAUGGUACAUGUAAAGAGCAAAACAAAACUGAGUAAUGGAGGACAAGCGUAGUCCUGAAUUACCUGCUGACUACAUUUUGCACUUUAGGUUCUAUCAGGAAAAAAAAAAAAAAAAAAAAAGGAGUAAUAUUUAUAUCUUCAGGUCACACACAAUAUUUAAAGGGGACCAAACCCAUUUGCCUGUUGUGGGAGAGCAACUGACUUGGAAUUUAAUUAACGAUACGAAGACUAGCAUGUAGUUAUUUCACUAGUUGACUGUACCCCAGAAAUGGAAGGCCAUUUCAGAGAACUCGAGUCUAUAGUUUACCACUUUGUUUUAAUGUUCUUUUGAAAUAUUUGUUGUGUUCUUAAGUAUUUUUUUCAUGCUAUUAAUCUUCUCCAGUUUCAGGUUUGGUUUUAAGUUAAUGUUUCUUGGUUUGGUAAUUUAAUUGUUAUUCACCUGCAUAUAAAAAUAGUACUGUCAUGAUAGUUCACAUUAUUUUUAUUUUGUAUUAAUUUAGAAUUGAGUAUUUUCAUCCUUAUGUACUGUGUCAGCUUUCAUCUGUCAGCAGUCUUGACAACCUGCAAAGAGAGCUCCAUACAUUGUGAUAACACUGUAAUGAUUCAUAGAAGAAUCAUAUAUGUGAUGUCCGUACAAUUUCAAAGAACAUACUGGGGCUUUUCUAAUGAUAUUAAUCCUUAUCUACCAAGAAGCUUUCUUUAAAUGGCAUUGUGCAGCCAUAGUAGCAAAUUCUGCCCCUGGUGUUACUGUGUAAGUAUAAAAUAACUCUUGAUUUCCUUGGAAUGCUUCAUACUUAACAAAACAGAUGAAAAUGGUCUAGAAUUAAACUAUUUACUUUUAUUUUGUUUUCUUGUCUUGGUGAACAACAUUGACAUAAGGGUCAAACUAUAAAUUAACAUUACUAUACACUCCCAGUGAAAGCAACUGGCACCCCAAAACGAGAAAUCAGUGCAGGACAGGAUAUGUCCUAGGAGGAGAUUGAUAAGGACUCUGAAAUCAUCCUUGACUUCUGUGUUAAUUGUAACAAUGACAUUGAACAGGACUGAAAAUGUUCUCCUAAUUAAAUUUUACCCUGAACCAGUUAAGUAUUUGUAGGCAAACUUCACCUUUCUGUAGCUCUGUAAUAUGCUAACAUUUAUAGCCUAGGAAAAAAAAACACUGGCAGAAGGCUGUGUUUUGUCUGUGUUCUGUUAAGGGCUUAUCACAACUGGCUCUGGGUUUCAGGUUGACUUUCUCUUUUGGAAUUGCUGCAUACAAAUCAAUGUCAGUUUUGAAGACUAAGGAUACUAAAUAAGUGUAUCUUUGCUAUACAACAAAUAUGAACUAUAAUAUUCAGUGCUGGCUUCUGAUGUGUCAGUAAGUACAGAAGUUAUCUCAAACACAAUGACCUUUGCAACCUUUCAAGCUGUGUAAUAUUCAAAUGGUUUUGUAUAUACUUAAAUCAUGUAGAACUAUGUAAAACCAGUAUGACCUUGUCUAGUCUUCAAACUUAACAAUAAAACUUUUGAAAAAUUA